AUGAACGCGAUAGGAACAGCUGCCAAGUACGUAGUGGACUACGUGCUACGACUGGCCAAGGAAGAUGACGAGACGGGAGCCCCUGUGGAUGGGGACACCAAGGCGGUGAAGGCCUUCUCUGGUCGUGAUAGUUCUAAGCCUCGGCCGAGAGCUCCUCCGAUCGGCCAUCUGGUGACUCCGGAAGAAUCUUCCGAGCCCAGCAUGGAGGGCGGUCGUCGGAAACCACUGUUACCGGAGUCGGUGACGAGUAAAGGACUGAAGAUAGAGGAGUUCAUAGUCAUCGACCGACGCACUGACCUCUUCUCGGUGCUGUGUACACAGUUCACUUACGAGAGCUUACUUGACAGAUGCCUUGGCAUCAAAUACGGGUACAUAGAUGUUGGCGAGCCUAUUCUGCCAGAGAGGAAGACGGUGGUAUUGAACUCUAACGACAAGCUGUUUGAUGGUAUCAGGGAUCUACGUAUGGAGGUGCUUGGGCCCUUGUUGCACAAGAAGGCCAGCCAGAUACAGGAAACGUAUAGUGAAAAGGACCGGCUCUCGGACAUUCCCCAGAUGAAGAUGUAUAUGGAUAAGUUCAAGUCGGCUCAAGCGGAGCAUGCCUCCUUGGCAGACCAUGUGAACCUUGCUAGCUUCACCAGUGCCCUCACACAGAUGUCGUGGUUUCAGCAACAAUGGCAGGUAGGCCUUCAACGCCGCGCAAGAUGGGAGGUACCGCUUUCACAGGUGGAGGACGGUCUCAUGUCUGUGCUGCGACUUAUAUGCCUCUGCAGUGUGGUUAAUGGUGGGAUCAAGACGAAGAUUCUGAAGGCUCUCACCAAAAACCUGAUUGAAUGGUAUGGUCCUAAACUGAUCGUACCACUGUUACACCACAUGACUGCGUGUGGACUUUUGAAAGCAUCUAGUGACAGUGGGGCUGACUUGGUAUCCAGCGGCUCUGGCAAAUGGCAGAGGAUGAAGCAAGCAUUUAACUUGGUAGUUGCAGGUUCUAACAUUGCUGCUGAUACUGGCAUUGCGUACGCCUAUUCGGGCUACGCUCCGCUGUCGGUACGGCUGGUAGAAUUAACGGAGGCCGAGCCCAACGGAUGGCGAGGGGCUGCGGAGAGUCUCAACUUGCUUUGGGGGCCUGCCAUUGAGGUUGCGAGUGGUGCAGCACCUGAGGUUUUGCCAGGUAGUGUUGAUCAGGAAGGGACCAUUGGCCAGGGCGAUAAAGAGUAA